AUGAGACUACCUAUAUUUCUCAGCGGGUUAAUCCUUGCUGCAGGUAUAGCCCACGCCCAGUCUGAAGACGAAACCGGCGAACACCCAGGAUGGCCGCGAUGGUGUGGAAAAGUGUACGAGGCGGGAUAUCCGUCUUUCGAACCAGGCGGUCACACGACAGAGCCAGCUCCAAUCAAUCCGGAUGGAUCGCCGAACUUAUACGUGCAGUUCAAGCCUCGACAUAGCAUCUACCUAGCCGGCGAGGGAAAGGGAUCUUUUGUCGUCAAGGCUGAGUUGUCACCUUGGUUUGGUGAGGCGUGGGAGAAUGCGACGAGUGGCGAAGAGUCGGCCGCGGAACCGUUCACGGAUCUUCACUUCUCGAUUAAUCUGGCAUCCGAUGACGGUGAUAUCCAUGUGCCUCUAGUUAAAGGCAGCGUGCCGAUUAAUACAACCAGUUCGGGGUUUGAUUUUGAUCUGUCUACUUUCGAACCGCGAUUGGCACCGUAUGAGGUCGUCUUAGUUGGCACGUCGGGGCUCAGUAGUCGCAAUUACACAGCUAAUAGCUCGUUUCGGUAUCUUCCAGAAACAGCUCCUGGAGGGAGCGUGACCAAAAUCGACAACCUGAACGGCGGGCUAUUGUUUCGAAACGCGCAGACGGGCGACGCCUUCGUCCCCCUUCUGCCAUACGGAUUUUACGGCUUGUAUAAUGGAUCCAAUAGUACGGCUGAGAGUGACGAAUUUGUUCAUGGUUACUCAAGUGGCGGAAAUGGUCUCAACGCUAUCAUUUCUUUGGCCGGAUUUGCAGAUACCAAUCCGGUGUACGAUAGCAUGGACGCAUCCACCAUGCGCUUCAUGUUCGAUCUACGGGGUUCAUACAAAAACUUAACCGAGGUUACCCAACGAGUGAAUACUAUUAAACAUCAUAGUUCACUGUUUGCCUAUUGGACUGCCGACGAGCCCGAUGGUUGGCAGGUUCCUUUUGAUGUAACGCCCGCAGCACAGGAACUGAUCCACGAUCUAGAUCCGUAUCAUCCAGUAGCAGUGACUCUCAACUGCCAAGACUACUAUUUCGGAAAUUAUUCAGCCGGCGGCGACAUACUUAUGCAAGACCCAUAUCCCAUUGGGAUUAAUAGCACAUUUUCCAAGUGGGGUACGGAAUGCAACACCACGUUGGGGGACUGUGGAUGUGAUAAUUGUGCCGGCAACCCUCAGGACGUGCCCCGCCGUCUCGACGGCUUGAUCCAGUACGAGCGCUGGUUGGGCCGUUGGCCGCUUCCGAAGUUUCACAAUCCACAGGCUUUCCACGGGGAGGACUACUGGUUUCGCGAUCCGACACCAGCUGAAGCGUUCGUCAUGAACGUGCUAGCCUUUAAUCAUGGCGCCACCGGUAUUUUUGCGUGGACUUGGCCGACCAGCCAGACGCUAUUCGAGGCGCACUCACAGAUGGCAAGGGUAGUAACCAACCCUCCUGUGAGAGACUUCUUACUUGGUGGUCAACCCGACGGCAGUAUCAGAAUUGAUAACGAAGAGCUAGUUGACAUAGCCUAUUGGGUUCGGGAGACUCAAAUCAUGAUAAGCAUAGUAAACGGGGCAUAUGGCGACAUCAGCGGGCCGUUCUCAGUAAAGUUACCAGGAUCUGGAAAGCGCAUCGCAGAUGUGCCAUUUGGAGACCAGUCGUGGGACCUGGUAGGUGGCCAAUUGGUAACUAACAAACUGCCGACAAUGUCGACAAGUCUGGUAAUUAUUGAUCGACUAUGA